GAAUGUGCAAACACAGUCCAGUAAACGCCGCACGUUUUCUGCGCCGCACCGGAGUGAAUAAUUGAUCAGCGCUUCGGUUCUGUGUAUUGAUGAGACGGAAGUGAUUUGCGGAGCUGAUUCUGGGGACACUUUGCAGUUCGGAUCCGUAGCUCGGACACUGGAUUGUGUUUUGUGGUCGUCGAUAAGAGGAAAAGUUUGCUUUGAGACCUAACACAGCUGGAGUCCGCAGAUGGAAACAAGCUCUCUGCGUUCACCUACAGCUCUCCCAACAUGGACCCAGAGUCACUGAGGAGGUGAAAACUGCCCCUGUUAAAUGCGCACAUCCAGGCUUUGCCACAACACGGUGACUGCUUCCAAACCUGCUGUUAGUUCAGUGACUGUGUGAACCACUCGCAGACUGUUUACCAUGGCGUCUAGUCUGACAUGUACGGGUGUGAUCUGGGCGCUGCUGUCCCUGCUGUGCGCCGCCGCCUCCUGCGUUGGCUUCUUCAUGCCCUACUGGCUCCUGGGGACGCAGAUGGACAAACCCGUGUCCUUCGGGACGUUCAGGCGCUGCUCCUACCCGGUGCGGGACGAGGAGAGGCAGGCCACGGUGAUGCUGGAGCAGUGUGGGCGCUACGCAUCCUUCCACGGCAUUCCCAGCCUGGAGUGGAGGAUCUGCACGGUGGUGACGGGCGUGGGUUGCGGCCUUCUCCUGCUCGUGGCGCUCACGGCUCUCAUGGGAUGCUGCAUCUCUGACCUCAUCUCACGUACGAUCGGUCGCGUGGCAGGAGGCAUUCAGUUUGUCGGGGGUCUGCUCAUAGGCUCAGGCUGUGCACUCUACCCACUCGGAUGGGACAGUGAAGAGGUACAACAGACCUGCAACAACAGCUCAGACCAGUUUCAACUAGGUUCGUGCCAGAUUGGCUGGGCGUAUUACUGCACAGGAGCUGGGGCGGCGGUCGCUAUGCUGCUAUGCACCUGGCUGUCCUGUUUCGCGGGCAAAAAGCAGAAGCAGUACCCGUACUGAAGCAAACGACACAAACAGGGACGAGCAGAGACCUCAGCCGGUUACGACAAAAGGGAGACUCUGUGGACUCACACCAGUACAGCACACCAGGCACCAAAGACACCACGUCAUUAUGGUGCUCUGCACAUCAUGGGACACUACUCAUCUGACAACUGCAGGGACUGUUUCAUAAUGCAGCACACACAUGGCUUUCCAAACCUAUUCUCCUAAAAGCUGUUCUUAAAUGAAAAAUAUAUGGACCAAUCCUAUUUGUAAAGUUGUUACAUAGCUAUUUCUUUUACGAAACAAAAAAUAUUCUUUGUUGUCUUCCUCUUCUUCUGUCAUUGAUGUUUAUGUGAUAGUGCGCUCUGUGACGAAGAGAAAAGUAAUAUUGCUUCAUUGUUAUGUGAAGUGUUUUCUGUCUCCUCUUCAUGUUUCAUUCUUGCCUUAAACACAAACUGAAAAUGCAAUAAUCCCUAUAAUGUAAAGCAAUCCAACACUGGCUGCCUGCUUCCUGACCUUCUCAGAUUCCAAAAAAAUAUACGCAUAGAUUAUUUAACACAUUCAUAAGAUAUUAAGUUGUGUAUGAUAAUGUAUUUUAUCAUAUUAGCACAUGUUUUGUAUUCACUCUUCAAGUAAUUCUUUGUCAUUGUUUGGUUUUGUAAAUAAAUGUUUAUUGAAACUGCG